CGGCGUGUGCUGAAAGCUCGCUCAAUUUCCGACCGCGUAACACCGGCUGAUCCCUGUUGCUCAUGGGUUGCAGGAGAAAUUAGUCUAGUCCCGUCAUGGGAAUGAGCCUCUUUGAUCUCUUCCGGGGCUUUUUCGGCUUCUCUGGACCUAGGAGCCACAGAGAUCCCUUUUUCGGAGGGAUGACUCGAGAUGAAGAUGAGGAUGAUGAAGAGGAGGAGGAGGAAGGAGCCGCGUGGGGCCGAGGGAGCCGGAGAUCUGAUGGUUACCGGCCUCCGGAGGAAUUUGGCUUCAUGUACAGCCCAGGAGGAGGGAUGCGUUUCCAUGAUAACUUCGGCUUUGAUGAUCUAGUACGGGAUUUCAAUAGCAUCUUCAGCGAGAUGGGGGCCUGGACCUUGCCUUCCCACCCUCCUGAACUUCCAGGUCCUGAGUUAGAAGAAACACCUGGAGAAAGACCACGGGAGGGGCAGACACUUCGGGACUCGAUGCUUAAGUAUCCAGAUAGUCACCAGCCCAGGAUCUUUGGGGGGGUUUUGGAAAGUGAUGCAAGAACUGAAUCCCCAAAACCAGCACCAGACUGGGAAUUCCAGAGACCUUUUCAUAGGUUUGAUGAUGUGUGGCCCAUGACCCCCUCCACGAGAGCCAGAGAGGACAAUGACCUUGACUCCCAGGUUUCCCAGGAGGGCCUCAGCACAGUCCUUCAGCCCCAACCCAAAUCCUAUUUCAAGAGCAUCUCUGUGACCAAAAUCAUUAAGCCAGAUGGGAUAGUGGAGGAGCGCCGCACGGUGGUGGACAGUGAGGGCCGGAGGGAGACCACAGUAACCCACCAAGAAGCAGACUGCAGUCCCAGAGAUGGUAAGAAUCCAGACUCAACAAGACUCCCAGCUCUGGAUGAUGCCUUUUCCAUCCUGGAUUUAUUCGUAGGACGGUGGUUCCGGUCCCGGUAGCUUUGUUCACCUUAAGAACCCUUCAGGCCCUUUCAGGCUCCCGCCCAUUGCUAAUUGUCAGUAACUUUACCUUUUUGGUCCCCUUAAGAGGCUUGAGUGUCAAAUAGUGUUUUGGGAUUACAUAAUCUGUCACACACCCAGACCGACCAAUAAAACCUUUAUUUAUGCUAAA